UUCAUUCCCAGGCAGUCGCUUGAUAGCUGUAGACAAUUUUGUGGUUUUUAAAAACUAAAAAAAAAAGUUAUAAUUUAAAAUAAAUAUAAUAAAUGUGUUGUUGAUUCGAGUUGUGGUUUCCUGCGCUUCGUGCUGAAAAAAUACUGUGAUAAUCGGCUGUGGUUUCUAAAAAAUUCUAUAAAAUAGUUGCAGUUACAAAAGUUCCACACAUUAUUUACAAUCUUUGGUGCUGUAUAUAACAAUUAAAGUUUUGUGCGUCGGUUAUUGUAACAAUAUUAGGAAUUUGACAAAAUGGAAUUGCCAGCGCCCGAGCAAUUGAAGCAAUCGUUAUAUGUGCCGAAUAAAACGCUGAUGGGACCCGGUCCCUCCAAUUGCACACAACGUGUACUCGAUUCGUUAAGCAAUCCAGUUCUGGGACAUAUGCACCCAGAAUGCUUCGAGAUCAUGGACGAUAUCAAGGCAGGCGUCAAAUACCUUUUCCAAACAAAAAACAGUGCUACGAUGUGCAUUAGCGGUUCGGGACAUGCCGGCAUGGAGACAGCUUUUGUUAAUCUCGUGGAGGAUGGCGACGUUGUGCUACUUGCCUGCACCGGUUUGUGGGGAUAUCGUGCCGCCGAAAUGGUUAAACGUUUUAAUGGUGAUGUGCGCUAUGUGGAGUCACGUUUUGGUCACGCAUUGUCACUGAAAGAAAUCGAAUUCGCCUUUGAGGGACACAAACCACAAGUUUUCUUCAUUGCACAAGGUGAUUCCUCGACGGGCAUUUUGCAGCCACAACUAAAGGAAAUCGGUGAACUUUGCGAAAAAUACAAUUGCCUUUUCGUGGUUGAUACAGUCGCCUCACUGGGUGGCGUUGAAUUCCUAAUGGAUGCCUGGAAAGUUGACAUGGCCUAUACGGGUUCACAGAAGGUGCUCGGCGCACCUGCCGGCAUUACGCCCGUCUCAUUCAGUGAUCGUGCAAUAGCGCGUAUAAGAGCACGCAAAUCCUAUAUAAAGUCAUACUAUUUUGAUGCGCUGCUCGUUGGGCAAUAUUGGAACUGUUUCGACACGCCACGCAUCUAUCAUCACACCAUUUCCUCAACGCUUUUAUAUGGACUGCGCGAAGCAUUGGCACAGUUUUGUGCUUUGGGUCGCAAAAAUGUGAUACAUCGCCAUCAAGAGUGCUCACAUCGGCUGCAAUGUGGUGUGGAGGAGAUCGGAUUGGAAAUGUUUGUGGUGAAAGCCAAUGAUCGUUUGCCCACCGUAAACACCAUCAAAGUGCCAGCGGGUGUGGAGUGGCAAAAGGUGUCUCAAUAUGCGAUGAGAAAAUACAAGUUGGAGAUCAGCGGUGGCUUGGGGCCGACAGCCGAACAAGUAUUCCGUAUUGGACUGAUGGGCGCGAAUGCCACUUACGAACGCGUCGAUUUAGUACUCAACAUUUUGCAUGAAGCUAUACAAAGCACAAAAUUUCUUGAAAAAUCAAAGAUUUAACAGAAAUAUUGAUUUUUAAUUACUCAUCCACUGUCGUAUAUGCCGCAUUCCUAUCAAUUUAGGCUGUUCAUUAAUUUUUUUACUUCCACAUACAGAUCUCUGUAAUACCCAUACAUAUACUUACAUAGUUAUAAUUAUAGAGUAAAUGCAAAAUAUU